CUCAUUCCACAUAGACUACUCAUGGCCAACCAAACUACUUGUUUCCUCAUCCUUCUUUUUCUGGCACUGCUUCUCGUGUCUAGUUUAAGUACUGAUGCAAAAAUUUUCAAUAUUACCACAGAUCAAUCUGCUCUUCUUACCUUGAAAGCUCAUAUUUCUUAUGACCCUCACCAUAUUUUGACAACAAAUUGGUCCUCCAGUACUUCAGUUUGCAAUUGGGUCGGUGUCACCUGUGGUUCUAGACAUCAUCGGGUUACAGUCUUGAACCUUUCUAAUAAUGGUCUUGUAGGAACCAUUCCUCCUCAUAUAGGAAACCUUUCAUUUCUUGUCAACCUAAACAUCAGGAACAAUAGUUUUCAUGGCUCAAUGCCAAACGAAUUGUCUCAUCUUUAUCACUUGAAAUUCUUGCAUUUUGGAUACAAUGAAUUCAGUGGAGAAAUCCCGUCAUGGAUAGGGUUGCUAACCAAACUUCAAGUUUUAAUUCUUGUAACCAACAAUUUCGAAGGUACUAUCCCAUCAUCUCUAUUUAACAGUACAUCUUCAUUGCAACAAAUUGUACUUGAAGAUAAUCAACUUUGGGGCUCUAUUCCAUCCUCUAUCUUCGAGAUCAUGUCUACCUUGAAAGUAAUUUCUCUAGCAGAAAACAAGUUUUCAAGUCCAAUGCCCUCCAUUUUCUUCAACAUGUCUUCACUGCAAUAUAUUGAUUUCAGCAAUAAUACGCUAUCUGGUGCUCUACCACCAGAAGUAGGGAACUUAACCAUGCUUACAUAUUUAAAUCUUGCCAAUAACAACUUCAAAGGUAGUCAGCUCCCAUCCUCUUUGUUCAAGUGCAAACAGCUGCAAUAUUUAAACUUGGAGUCUAAUAAUUUGAAAGGAAAACUAUCACCCGAAAUAGGGAACUUAACCAAGCUCAUAUUUUUAGAUCUUGCCUACAACAACUUCGAAGCACUGGAAUACCUUCAUCUUGGUUAUUCAACACCUAUCGUUCAUUGUGAUUUGAAGCCAAGUAAUGUCUUAUUAGAUGAAGAUAUGGUUGGACAUUUUGCUGAUUUUGGUAUUGCCAAACUCCUAAGUGAUGGAAUCUCUCUCACGCAAACAAUGACCAUGGCUACAAUUGGGUAUAUGGCACCAGAGUAUGGAUCUGAAGGAAUUAUUUCUACAAGCGGUGAUGUGUAUAGCUAUGGAAUAUUAUUGAUGGAAACUUUUACAAGAAAGAAGCCCACUGAUGAUAUGAUUAUCGGUGAAAUGAGUUGAAAGCGUUUAGUAGAGGAAUCAUUUUCGCUUUCAAUACUUGAAGUUAUCGAUGCCAAUUUGUUGAGCAAUGAAAAUGACUAUGCUGCUAUGAAGACCUGCUUAUCAGCAACUAUGGGCUUGGCUUUGCAUUGUUGUGCAGAUUUGCCUGAAUAGAGGAUCGAUAUAAAAAAUGUUUUAGCUAGACUCAACAAGAUCAAAUUAAAGUAUCAUCAUGCUAAGAACAUGAUUCUCUUUUAUAUUUUUAAA